CAAGUAGUUCUCUUUUGUGUAUCACCUCCAAGCCCUAAACAUGUUUUAUUUCAAGAGCAAAACGGGCUAAGACAAAAAGGUGAGGCAAUGAGGUAUCAGAGGAGAGAACCAAGUUUGGAGUCACAUCACCUAUAUUGGAAUCCUGAUUCCCAGAGUCCCUGAGAUGGAACAACGAUUAUGCUUCUUAGUCCCUAGGAAAGGAGAGUCAGUGCCCUCUCUUUAUUGGAACUCGGUUUCCUCUUCUGAAAAACGAUGGAACUGGAAUAGAUGAUGUCUUAGUUGCAGAGGAAAAAAAAAACCUAGCCUAUCACACACAUCCUGCAUUGCCAAGAGCCUCUGGGUGGGGAGCCGCGAGGUUGGGACAAGCUGCCAGACACUGCAGCGAUUGCCAUGGCAGCAGAGCUUUGCCGCAUCCACAGCCGCAGUAGCCGCAGUCCUUAAGCAUCCGCCUGGGCCUUAGUAACAGCACGAAACCUUCCCGGACCCAGCCACCCCUUCUCAGCCCCGCCCCCUGCAGGGUCUGCAGAGAAGAGGGCGCAGCUGCAGAGGCGCCUCCCAGCCCCCGCCACUCCGCCCACGUGAGACUGUCUGGGGCUUUGCAAGGGGGAGAGAAGACAGACUAGUCAAAAGAGGCGGAGGAGUGGAGAGGAGAGGAAGAGAAGGAAGCGGGUGCAGCAGAAGCGACAGGAGGCGCCUGAUCGACGAGAAGAGGAGGAGCUCGAGGGGACAGAGACGGACGGAAAGAAAAAGAGAGAGACAGGGAGAAAAAAGGAGACCCAAGGCAGACAGUUUAGACUGAGACGGUCUAGACACACAGGAGCGUCUAAACCGAGACAAAAAGGAAAAGAGAGACCGAGAGAAAGAGAGGUAUAGAUACAGAGAAAGAGAGAGGCAGAGAAAGGAAGAAAGGAGAGCCAAAAGACGAAAAAUUGUGGACAAGCAGCCAAAAAUAAUGGCAACCAGCGGCACCAGCAGUGAGGAGGAGCGGAGCCUCCGGGAGUGUGAGCUCUAUGUCCAGAAGCAUAACAUCCAGGCACUCCUUAAAGAUUCCAUUGUACAGCUCUGUACUGUUCGACCUGACAGACCCAUGGCAUUCCUUAGGGAAUACUUUGAGAGACUGGAGAAGGAGGAAUCAAAACAGCUCCAGGCUUUGGCUCUGCCGGUGCAGAAAGCAGUUAUCCUGGCUGAAACAAGGGAAGAAGAAAUUUCUCCUCCACCUCCCAACCCAGUGGUUAAGGGUCGGAGACGAAGGGGUGCUAUCAGUGCAGAGGUGUACACUGAGGAAGAUGCUGCAUCAUAUGUUAGAAAGGUUAUUCCAAAAGAUUACAAGACUAUGGCUGCUUUAGCUAAAGCCAUUGAGAAGAAUGUACUGUUUUCACAUCUUGAUGACAAUGAGAGAAGUGAUAUUUUUGAUGCUAUGUUCCCAGCUUCCUUUAUUGCUGGAGAGACUGUAAUUCAACAAGGUGACGAAGGUGAUAACUUCUAUGUGAUUGAUCAAGGAGAGAUGGAUGUCUAUGUCAACAAUGAAUGGGCAACCAGUGUUGGAGAAGGAGGGAGCUUUGGAGAACUUGCCUUGAUUUAUGGAACACCCAGAGCAGCAACUGUCAAAGCUAAGACAAAUGUGAAAUUAUGGGGCAUUGAUCGAGACAGCUAUAGAAGAAUCCUUAUGGGAAGUACAUUGAGAAAACGGAAGAUGUAUGAAGAAUUCCUUAGCAAAGUAUCUAUUUUAGAGUCUCUGGACAAAUGGGAGCGUCUCACAGUAGCUGAUGCAUUGGAACCUGUUCAGUUUGAAGAUGGACAGAAGAUUGUAGUGCAAGGAGAACCAGGAGAUGAGUUCUUCAUUAUCCUAGAGGGUUCAGCUGCUGUUCUACAGCGUAGAUCGGAGAAUGAAGAAUUUGUUGAAGUAGGAAGAUUGGGGCCCUCUGAUUAUUUUGGUGAAAUUGCACUGCUGAUGAAUCGUCCACGAGCUGCCACAGUGGUUGCUCGUGGCCCCUUGAAAUGUGUUAAAUUAGACCGACCUCGCUUUGAACGUGUCCUCGGCCCUUGCUCAGACAUCCUCAAACGCAACAUCCAGCAGUACAACAGCUUUGUGUCACUAUCUGUCUGAAAUUUGGCUCCCUUGCUUGAGCUUAUGCCUCACCAAUCCUUUCCCUCAUUUGCAGUACUACAUUGGUCAUUGGCAUUGUCGCUUCCUGUCUGUUUAUAUACAUAUAUAUGUAUGUAUACACAUACACACACACACACAUAUAUAUAUAUAUAAAAGAAGGAAAGAAAAGAAUUGCUUUCAUUGCACCAUUUUAAUUUGGAGCAUUAGUUGAAGUGCUGUGUCCAGUUUAAUAAAUAGUUAUAUGGAGACUUUGCUGUUACUGCUUCUCUUUGUGCAGUGUUAGUGUCCAGCUUUUGGCAGUGAGUGCCAUGCUUUUUGGUGAGGGCAGAUCCCAGCACCAAAUGAAUUGCCAUAGAGUAAGAAUAUAACAGUGGAAAAAUAAAAAAAAAAAGAAACAUACUUUUCCAAUUAUUGUAAACGUAUUUUUAGACUGGUCAUAAUCUGACUUUUUUGUUUAAAAAGAAAAAAAAAAACUCCUUACCGAGCUUCUCUAAAGUUUAAAAAUGCAUGAGUACUCUAAUUCUCGGUACAAUGGAGAGACAUUUGCUUAUAGUCAAAUAGUAGUUUAGAAGUAGCAGGAAAUGUGCCCACUGUCUGCUGGUUUUCAGAUGACUUAAUAUGUUUGGUUUCUUGUUAAAAAUUUCCAGACUUUUUGGUCCUGCUAAAUUGCCUGCUUCUAUUCACCACUAGCUACUGAUAUAACUUCCCUUAUUUUAAAGAAAGCUUCUCUGCUUGACUGUUUCCAGCUGUCAUUAGCUGCUUUUCAGCCUGAUUCCAAAACUUAGAAGCAAAGACUGGACUAAUGUUCAACUAAAUUUGUCUAGUGAUUCACAAAUUAUAAAGCGAGUACUCCAUUUACCCAAUUAGUGCCAAAUACUAAAUGUCAGGCAUUGGACCGAGUGAAAGAAUUUGAGAUGGACAUUCUUCUCACUUUGUAGCUUUUGCUUCUUGCAUGUCCUUCAUUUGACUUCUGUAUAAGCUUUUCUGCCUGAUUCCAAGAAAUAGGCUUAGUUGGGAGUAUAUACAUGUGGAAGAAUCUGUCCUCAUGGAAUAUGGAGGUGCUAUGGCUAAUGUGGGAAUUGUGAGAUGGAUCAAGUGUGGUGUCAGGUACCUUUUUCUGUCCCAUAAAAGUGCAUAUAAUUUAAUUUUUUUCUUUUAUGUUAACCAGAAAUUAUGCUGGGUUGAGGGGGUAUGUGUGUGUUUUAAGUUUAUGUAAAAUGCCAUAUCAGGCUUCCUUUCUCAUUCAGCCUAAUAAUCUAUGACAUUCUAUGAAGUGUAAGUAAAACCUUUCUGAGUCUUUAAUAUAUUUCAGUAUUUACCAGCUUUUUGUUACAUUACUCUGUCAAUGAUAUUUUUUAAAACUAAAUUCCACAGUUUCAUAAUGUAAACAAUUUUAAGGUUUUAUUUUCAUUGUAAUCUUUGAGAGAAAAUUGAACUUGGGAGUGAAGCAAGCAUUUUUAUGUUAUGCAAUGAGCUUUCAUAAUGCUUUCUGUUUUUUCUUGGGUAUUUACAUUGGUCACAGUGUAUUUUGUUCCAAGAUUUAAGUGUUUUUCAGACUGUUGGUUGUAAAAUUUAUUCCCAAGGCACAAGCCUUGGGAAGGUAAAAAGUCACCAUGUAUAAAUAUUUCUGUUUUUCAGCAGAAGGUAGUGUAAGGGUUUCUAGUGCUUACCUUCAUGUAUGAGUAUUUUUUUCAAUUUAACAAAUUUUUCUAUCUGUAUCUUAAGUUUUUCUUAUUUACUGUAAAGCCUGAUCCUUAUUAAUGUGUCAGGAAUGUUCCUAAACAAGUUUAGAAUGCCACAGAAAUGCACACUUUCCAGUAUAUAUUUGUAUAGAUCUAUAUACACUUAGCUAUAUCUAUCUAGAUAAAUAUAAUAAUGCUUUCAUUCUAAUUAAGUUUCCCUGCUGAAUCUUUUAACUUACUUACUGUUUUUACUCUCAUUUGUACCCUUUGCCUAAAAGAUUUUAAGGUUAAGCAUUGAUCAGUUUUAGCUUUAUCAUUGUGAGAGGUUUAAUUAUGUGUGAGAAACCACAAUUGUCAUAGUUAUUGUAGCUAACAUUCAGGGCCUUAGAACUCAUUUUUUAAAAGCCCCCUUUAGCUAUAGCUCUAGAAAGCAACCAGUAAAUGACCAGUGGACCAUUUUUGUAUUGUUACCUAUCAGUCUGUAUACUGUACAUCCUAAUAUAUUUCUAUUGCCUUUGUUAAAGAUUGCCCUAAUGGCAAAUCAAGCAAAUAAAAAUGAUUUAAAUUGCUAAAUAUAAUCAUCUUUCCCUCCCCCUUUCAAUAAUAAUCUUAAACAGAAAUUAUACUUAGAAGUGUAUUAGGGGUAGGGCUAUGUUUAUUAAUAUACUAAGAAGAGAGACCCAUGUCAGUUUUCGUCAACCAAAGAAUGGAUCUGAAAUAUAUUUUGAUGGUAAAUGUGCUGCAAGAAAAGUACUGUGCUGGUCAGUCUUGGACAGACUACAUAAAUUGUAGCAUUUUAAAGCUAGAAGGAACCUCCAGAACAAAAACAUUUUUUCCCACUCUGAAGGCAAAAGGUUUAAUACCUUUGAGCUUUCUUCCAAGACUUGAUAGAAAAUGAAGACUGAACUGAUAGUUCCUGAGUCAGCAUGUUAUUUUGGAUGUAAAUCUUGACAUAUUGCUUAUCUUCAUACUAGCUUUGCUUCCAGUUGGUCAGUCUUCAGAUGUCUGACCAUAGGCAGAAGGCCUCUAGCUUUCUAAUAUUAUAUACAGCAAUUUAGUUCAUGCAAAUAUAUCUAUCUAUCCUCACAUGUAAUGGAACUUAAAACUAGUAUAUAUUAAAAUGUCAAAAAAGCAGUUUUUCAUUUAUGUUGCUUUCGAAGGCAAACAGCUUAAUCAUAUUCAGUAUUGUUUUGGGGGCCAUGGACAAAAUAGAUACAGCCAAAAGAGAAUCCAACUCAACAGCAGUUCCUUGGGUGUGUGUGCCCUUUGCCAAAGCAGAACACUAAAAUGAUAGCUCAGAUUGGAGUCUUUCUUUUCCAGGGCAGUGUCUGUGUCUUAUUCCUUUUUGUAUCCCCCAUGGUGCCUUGCAUAUAGUAGGAGCUCAGUAAAUAUUUAUUGAAUUGAAUUCUCAUCAACAUCAUGUUGAUACAAUUAUCUUGAUGUGUUUUGUGAUUUUAAACUGAAUUUUAAAAAUAUAAGCAUUUUUAUCCCAAGCUAUAAAUUCGUAGUUAAAAGUGCUAUUUUUUCCCCAUUAUUCCCAGUAUUAUGUAAUAUAGAGAGCAACCUCAGAAUCAGAAAGGUCUGGGUUUUAAGUCCACUUUUGAUAUAUAUAUUGCCUGUGUGUCCUGAAAUAAGUCUAUAAGACUAUAAAUUGUCCUUUUAUAUUGCUAAGGUGAAUUAGUUCCCUGUACCUAUGCCAAUGAAAUCAUAGGUCUGGACCAAAAGAAAUUUCCCAUUGUAUUUAUAGAUGAAUUAAAGUGAGACAAGAAUGCAUGUCUAGAUAACUCCUUAGUACAUGCCUCUAGAUUUUGUAUCAUAAAAGCUGUUGGAGUCUAUAUGAGGAUCAGAAGAGGUAUUGGGGUUUCUUUAUUCUUUCUACUUCACAGUAUAUUUCCCAUAGUAAUCAGCUUUGAUGUUCACACAUGGCUAAAAAUUUUUUUUUUUAAUUUAAGAUCUCUGAUUUCAUUCUUAUCCUACCCUAAAACUAAACCUCUGAUAAAUGCAACUAUAUUCAUUUUGCCAAAUGGUUCCUUGCCUCUGCAUUUUUAGUAGAACACACAACUUUCUAAGUGGGAAACAAAACAAAACCCUACUACUAGAUGGAUAACUUUAUUUUUAUCACUGUUUUGGUUCCUAAAGUUCACUGAAGUUGAGCAGGAGUUCAAAAUAUUAGAGGUUAGUACUAAGAAUGGCAGAAAAGCCACCUCUUUCCCUUCAAAUAUUUUUCAGCAAGGGUUUAGGAAUUAGAAUAUCAAUGAUGAAUAAAAAGGAGUUCAGUACUCUGCACAGCUAAAUUUGAAUUCUUAGCUCAACAAUUUCCUGGACUACCUUCUAGUGCUCCUAAUUAGAUUUUGUGAAAAUCCAGAGAUAAAAGGGUUGGGGGAGUAGGGGAAUGCAGGAAGGUGGAGGGGGGGGGGGGAGAAUCCCUUUGCUUUCUGAAAGCAGCAAAAUGUUUGCUAUUAAGGUUAUUGCCCUGCCUCUCCUGCCCUAACCUUCUCUUUGUGGAGGCAACAGCUUGCCUUCUGGUGCUUCAAAAUUAGCCAAAUUCUUAAGUAUUUGUGUAAUUUUAGCAGUUGUAAGUGACUCACUUUAAGACUGGAAUAGGGCUGUGCUAGUCUUAGGUUCCACCACUGUGUGACCCCUUAGGUGAACCUUGCCAAUGCCUGUUUUUUACUAUUCCCUCUGGUUGUCCUGUUUCCUACAACAUACAAAUGAGAUAAAUAGGAAUAAUGGCUAACGAAGUAUGAAGUCUUGUGUAGAAAAGUAAUGUCUAAUUCUGAAAAUGAAGUUUUUAAAAUAAUGUGGCUAGAAUAAAAAUUAAAAGAAACCUUGCAUGAAGCAGUAUUGACUUGUGACAGACUUCUAUUAAGUUGUGUGUGCAGGAAAAGGACCUCCUCCUCUCAACACUUUGUUUUGGUCAUAAGCAGUUGAAGGUAACAGCUCACCCUAGGAAAAUUGGGUCUUUCCUGCAAAAUGUUUGUCUUCAGAGUGUUUCCCUUAUGGCUCUGCUUUUCAGGGCCCAAAUGGGAAAAACACUUGAUAUUAUUUUGUUCUUCCCUCUAGUAAUCUGUCAGAACAAGAAAAUAUUUUGUUAGUCUCAUUUGUCAAGUAAUGACAUUUUUAGGAUAGAUGCCAGUGGGGUCCUUCAGCUAAACAGUUGCAUUUUAAGUCUUUAUUUCUGGAAUGAGACUGUCCCUUGUUUAGACUGCAGCAAGUAGAAGGAUAUUUGAGAAAUCACUAUGCCUACUGGUGUGUCAGACUCUGAAGAUAAAUCCGGUUUAGAUCAUUAGGGUGCUGGGGGGAGGGGGGCCUUGAUCUGAAGGGAUUUCUUGUGGUUCCUCCCCACCCUGUUAGUCUCCCUGAGUAUGAUUUCAGGGACUAACCCAGCAAUGGUUACUGAAAGCCUACUUCUGGGAGCUGGUAGAACAUGUGAUCCAUCAGUCUUCUAGCAGACUUGCCCCUAUAUGGUUUGUGUCCUAGUUAUGUCCCUUUUCCCCCCUUUAUCCCAAGACUCUCAUAUGUAUUUUUGUCUUCUAGAAUAUCUGACAUUAAAUACUGUCUAAAAUAAUGUACUUUUUCCUUUUCUGACAUCCAGGAACAUUCUUAUUGUAUAUUAAUCCUACCUCACAGGGUUGUUGUGAGGCUAAAUGUAUGUAAUGCUCUUGCAAACUUUAAAGCUCUAAAGCUGUUGUUAUCUCUGCCUCUGCUAACAAAGCUUCUGAUAAAGUGUGUCUUUGGAAUGCA